AUGCAAAAUAAUUCAUGGACCGAGGAUAUUAACAAAACAUUGAAAAAGCCUAUUAACAAUGAUGAUGGAAGACUUUUUAAGGUAACCUUAUCCAUUGGAACAGAAAUAAAAUGUACAGUUGCAAGUUAUUCGUCAUUCAUCACAAUGAUAUCUGUUAAACCCUCUAUUUAUGAUGUAAAAGAUGCUAGAGGUCUAUGUGGAGUUCCAAGUGUAACAAAAGACCCUUCUGAUGAUUUUUAUCAUCGUGACAAAGGCCCGAUUAGUGAUGACCAGGAGUUUGCGCGUUCUUGGAAGAUUCUUCAAACGAUUUCUCCAAACGAGCAGCUCUUUAUCCCAGAUCCUCAUUUUCUAACUGAAGACUCAAACCCUGAAAUUGAAAACGAUAACCAAAAUGCAAACUUGUCAGCUGGAAUGUAUUGCGUCUGUGAAAAGCAAGCAGAACCAAACGAUGAGGACUUUUAUACUUCUCAGUGCAGCUUAUCAGACAGUACAGAGUAUUGUUCCUCUGGUACUCAAUCUGGACCAGGAAAUAGUAUACCAAGUAAUCCAGUUGUGACAACUUGUACAUCAAAUAUGCAGAACAGAUCGUUGUCACUAAGAACUCGUCGUAGCGUUACUGAUAACGAUGAUAUCGUAUUGGACACGAUUCCCUUGGAGUAUGACGACGACGUUAACGAUAACGUUACGGAACCUGACUACACGGAUGAGUGGACUGAAGAAAAAGCAAAUUUGACCUGCACAGACCGCAUUAUGAAAGCAAUACCUUCAGAUCUACCAGAUGUUCCUGGGUUAACAGACAUUGAUUACAUUAAGUCAUGCAUGUUGGAUAUUAAGAAUACUGGUGGUACUACCUUUGUUGAAGAUACAAUUGGCGCUCUACAGACAAAAGCUAUCAUGGAACUAUCUCGAAAUCAAACUUUGAUGAUUACCAAAACUGACAAUAAUGGAUCUCAGUCCAUUUUAGAUUAUGUCAAAGGUCUUCUUUGUCCUAACAAUUGCAGUGGAAAUGGCACAUGUACAUCAGGUGUUUGUUUGUGUAACGAAGGAUAUAAUGGCGAUGAUUGUUUAGAAGAAAGUUCAAAACCGCCAUUAAACAUCGAAAUACCCGCUAAUGGUUUAUGUGGAAUAAUAGAAAGGGAAUGUAGGAGAACCAAUGUAUACGGAAUAUUCAACGCCAAAACUGUAUGGUGUAGACGGAGACACUUCCAGAUAUUGAAAGGGUCACAUGUAGUCAUGUCCGAUCAAGACACUAUUCAGGCCGAUUAUAGGAACCGUUAUAUGGUAUCUGUUGAUUUACAAUCAGCUAGAAGGAAAAGAUCUGUCUCUGGCGAUGUACUGGCUGAAGGAUUUGAACUGAGUUUUUCCAACGAUGAGAAGGAGUUCGGAGGCAUUGUCAAUGUUGUAAUUUACAACGAACAAUGUUUUACCUGCAAUGCAACGUCCAAGGAAUGUUAUCCUGUGGUAUCAUGUCCUGUGACAACAACCGAGCUUCCGGAAACGAUUAUAGGUAACACUAUAUAG